GUGGGUAACCGCUUCAUUGCGUAUAGCGUCAGAGCCAUAAAUCACAGAUUCGCGGCGAAGAGAUAUCAUCUGCUGUUUUCGUUUUACCGCAACGCAACUCUUCCCCAAUAUCACUUCUCUGUCAGAUUCACCGCUGGAAAUGGGGCUGCUCUCGAAUAGAAUCGCAAGGAGUAACCUCAAACCAGGGGAUCAUAUCUACUCGUGGAGGACUGCAUACAUCUAUGCUCAUCACGGAAUAUAUCUUGGAGAUGAUAAAGUUAUACAUUUCACCAGACGUGGUCAGGAGGUCGGAACCGGUACCGUGCUAGAUGUCCUGCUGGUGAGCUCAGGACCGAAUCGAUCGUAUAUUCCGUGCCCCACCUGUGUCCCGAGAGAGGAUGCACAUGGAGUGGUCUCGUCGUGCUUGAACUGCUUCCUAGCUGGUGGUAUUUUGUAUCGGUUUGAGUAUUCAGUCAGCCCUGCUCUUUUCCUUGCAAAGGCACGGGGAGGGACUUGCACCCUCGCUGUCUCGGAUUCUGACGAUGAUGUGAUCCACCGAGCCAAAUACCUGCUCGACAACGGAUUUGGAUGCUACAAUGUGUUCAAGAACAACUGUGAGGACUUUGCGAUUUACUGCAAGACGGGACUGCUCGUGCUGGAUCAGAGUACAAUGGGGCAAAGCGGGCAGGCUGUGUCCAUUAUAGGCGGACCUCUUGCGGCUGUGAUGUCCACGCCACUACGGCUCGUCACCACCAACAUCUACGGGAUGGCAGCGACUGCGGUUGGGGUUUAUUGUGUGAGCCGCUAUGCGGCAGACAUUGGCAUGAGGAGAGAUGUGGUAAAAGUCGCUGUUGAGGAUCUCACGAGAAGGCUCGCCACGGGUGUGCUUCAGGUCCUUGAACCGAGCCUCCCUGCUGCACCACCCUUUGCUCACUAGGUAGCCUAUACGGAGAGAUACAACGGAGAAAACCUCAGUAUUAUCCAUUUUCGAUUUAUAUAUGAUAUUGUUAUAGUGUUCUUUGUAAUGUCAAUUCUAUAAUUGUGAGAUUCCUUGCAAGAAAUGACAUCAUGCUACAUUUAUCUUGACGCAAUCCAAAGUAUGUUGGAGUAUAAGAUCAUACAUAUGUAACAUGUGUAAAAUUUCCAGAUGAUAUAUAUUGGAGUAUAAGAUCA